GGCGAGCUGAAGAGGGGCAGCCGCCGACAGCCAGGUGCAGACGCUGCAGGAGGAGCUAGAUGAGCUGAAGGGAGGGGGCUCCCUGCCUUAGCAGCCUGCUGCCCCCAGCCAAGGGUAAGCACUUCAGCUGGGGUACAAUAGGUUAUUGGAGGCCAAGUGACAGACCCUGCGACUCCUGAUUCCCAGUGCACGGGCAGCCCUCUCAGCCCAUUGGACAUAAAUGGUGGUGGUGUUUGUGAAGCAUCUGGCUGGCAGUGUGGAAGUUUGGUGGCAGCAGUGGGAUUCAAAGGACUCAUCUGAUGGCUUCGGAGAUGAGAAACACAGGCAUUGCGCCAGCUGCAGAGCUCCAGCCGGCGGCAGAAGCAGGGCAGUGGACAGUGGUGGAGGUAGAGCUGGCUCCAGCUCCGUCAAUACCACCCCCUCUAGCGCUGGAGCCAGCGUCCCCUCCAUCAGCAGUGUUGGAGCUGGAGCAAGGGCCCACGUCGGCUCCAGCAGGAGUGGGAGCUGCUGAGCUGGAGUCACCUGGACCAUCAUUUCUAGUGGGAAGUCCAUCUCCACCUGUGGCCAUUAAGGAGGAUGAGAAGAAGCCUAACUUCACGGCCUUCCCUCCUAAGCUGGUGGCGGAGCUGUUGACCGUGAUGGAUGUGGAGUGCGAGAUCCUGAAGAACUUCUCCUCACUCCGUGCUGUCAUCUCUGCUCUGCAGAAAACCUCCAUAAGCCACCUGAAGAACAAGUGGGUGGAUGUUUCCCAGUGGGUAGGCCCCUCUCCAUAG